CCCUCCUCGGCUGCUGCAGGACGAGAGACGGUUUGGAUGGUGGACUGCAGCUGCUCGCUGGCUGAGAACCACGGGCAAGAGGGCAUGCAUUGCUCUGCAUGCUUCUCCAGCUAAAUGCUGGGAUGUGCCCCCCUCCCCCAAGCUGGAAUACAGAUUUCAGAUUUGCCUCCUUAUUAUUCCUGAGUAACCGCAUCAAGAGGCUGGCCUGCCGCCAGCUAAGAAUUGGCCACCUUGCAGAAUUUAGUGCCAUUUGAGAUGUUGCAACACCAGAGGAACCAGAGACUCAAAGGCCAAGGAAGGGUCGGACCCAGGAAAGAGGAAAGAGUUUGCCGACCCCCGCAGGAGUUCAACAGGUGCCCCACCCACUUCCGGAAAGGGCCGAGAGGGCCUCUUCAUUUCUUCCGUACAGGUCAGCGUGGAAGGCACUCUGUGCGCGCUCCGUGGCAUUCUUGUUUGAACCCUCGCGUGUUCUGGGCACGAACGCUGCCACUCCACUUCCGCGGUCAGGUUCGGCUCAAGGUAGGUAGUCCUGCUAAGGUCGGACUUCAAACCGCGGACCACCAGCCGGUCUGUUCGUUUUAUUCCAGCCAAUAAUGCCGUUAUCUCAGCUGCAGCGCUGGCCUUAACGCGAAGCUCCACCAAGAGGUCCCAACCGCCCCCUCGUUUGGGGCGCUCCCCGGAGACGCUCCGCGCCUUCGGCUUUCCGGGACAACCACACGCUCUCAUAGCAGAUCCGCGCCCGUUUGAAGAGGCGGGCAGGUGGGUAACGUUGCCCGUGGGGACCUCGCCUUACCCGCAGGGCGCCCCGCUCCUUCCUCCCGCACCGACGCGCGUCGCGACCCCCGGCUGCUGCUGGGCUGUCGGGUGUGCUCCAAAGGGGACCCCGGCUCCCUCGGGGGGGCCAAGCCCAGCCGGCUCCGCCGACCCCGCACGAGGCGGCAAGACGUGCGAAGCUCCCGGACGCGGCGGCGUCAGCACCCUCGUCAGCUGGGCAGCGCGCGAGCCCCUCUUGGCUGCUGCCGGCCAGGGCUGCCCACGUGGCGGCGGCGGCGGCGGUUGUUGCGCCACGGAAGCGGGCUCCCUCCCGGCGGAAGAAGCGCGCCGCGCCCGCAGACACCCUCCACACUCCCGGGGCUGGCCAGGACGCGCGGCGGCGGCCCUCCCCGGCGGGGCCGGACGGGCUGCUGGUAGUUGUGGUCGGCGCCGGCGACGGGCGAGCGGAACCGGCUGCAGGCUGUCCAAGAUCAAGGCAGAGGCUGGAUUGCAGCAGCCGCUUCGUUUGGAGACCCAGGAGGAGGGAGGAAGAGGAGGAUGAUCUUUGAGGGGAGGGCUGAGCAGCAGUUCCCCCCCUUGAGAGACAGGAUGCCACCAUGGGAAACCCCUUUGGUGGGUCAGGAGCCCGGGUCCUCAGUGGGACCAGUCUCACGGGCCACCUUGCGCUGGGCGCUUGGCAGCCAGACUCCCAGGAACUCUUUCACCGCAUGAUUGGUCCUUCUUUGAUGGGUGAAGCUGCCCAGGUCCAGCCCAGCUUUUCCUGUUGAACUUCUUCUUGGGCCCCCGUGUGAAGCAGGCGCCUCAGUCGCGAGGCUUUGCACAGCUGCUGCCAAGAUGUCUCUGGAGGGGCUGAUGUGCUGCCGUGGGUCCCUCGACUGGCUGAGGGAGUUCAUCGGCUCCACCAUCCAGUCGGUACGGGACUGUGACCCUCCUGCACUCAGCACCCUAGCCGUCCUGCUGGCCCUCUUUGUCUGGUACUGCUACCACGUUGGACGGGAGCAGCAGCCCCGGCCCUACGCCACGCUCCCGGGGGGCCUGGAGGUGGCUGGCCUGCAGAAUGGCUUCAGCCACUGCCGCUCCCCUGAGUGCGUGCGCUGCACCCACAGUGACGGGUUGAACCAGAAGCUCUACCACAACCUCCAGGAGUAUGCCAAGCGGUACUCGUGGGCGGGCAUGGGCCGGAUCCACAAGGGCAUCCGCGAGCAGGGCCGCUACCUGGCCAGCCGCCCGUCCAUCCAACGGCCAGAGGUCUUCUUCCUGCCUGACUUGCCCACCGCCCCGUACUUCUCCCGGGAGGCGCAAAAACACGACGUGGAGCUGUUGGAGCGCAACUUCCAGACCAUCCUGUGCGAGUUCGAAUCCCUCUACAAGGCCUUCUCCAACUGCAGCCUGCCAGAUGGAUGGAAAGUCAACAGCACGCCCAGCGGCGAGUGGCUGACCUUCUACCUGGUCAACCAGGGUGCCUGCGUGCCCCGGAACUGUCGGAGGUGUCCUCGGACAUACCGCUUGCUGGGAAGCCUCCGCACCUGCGUGGGCAGCAACGUGUUUGGCAACGCCUGCAUCUCUGUGCUGAGCCCUGGCACCGUCAUCACUGAGCACUACGGGCCGACCAACAUCCGUGUGCGCUGCCAUCUGGGUUUGAAGACACCCAGCAGCUGUGAGCUAGUGGUGGGAGGCGAGCCCCAGUGCUGGGCUGAGGGACGCUGCCUGAUUUUUGACGAUUCCUUCCUGCACACAGCCUACCAUGGAGGAUCCCCGGAAGAAGGACCACGGGCGGUGUUCAUGGUAGACCUCUGGCACCCCAACGUUGCUGCGGCUGAGCGCCAGGCCCUCGAUUUUAUUUUCGCUCCUGGGCGGUGAGGUGGUGCUCCUUUCCGGAGCAGGUUCCGUGUCUGCAGAGGGGGGGCUGCCCUCCCGCCUGACCCACGGCUAAUGUGGCACCAGACUUGGCACCCAGGCCUUUUCGCCUUGCAACCUCCUCCCAAGGGCCAUUUUGCUUGGGGCUGGGCUGCCCCUUUUUCCUGUGAUGAGGCCAAAUGCUGCUGUAGUGUCCGUCCACCUUGCUACUUAUGUGUCGCUGUGGCCAGAACUUUGCAUCCGCCAAUCCUUGGAGGCGUUGAUGAACCUAGUUGUGCCAAUCUCUCUUGUGUUCAUCCUCAGAAGGCAAACCGCCCGUCACCCAUCCUCACUGAAGCUUCAGAAACCACAGUGGGCCUCCCCAGACCGGAUCCUUAUUUGCUCCCCUGGAACAAGAACAACCCCCGCCUCGCCUCCCUUGACAGGAGUGAAGGCAAAGCAGGGCAACCAAAGGCUGGGGGGGGGGGGAUGGCCAAGCCCCCCCCCCCUUUUCUCAAGCUCUGCUACUUUGUGCCUUGUUUGGGGUGCUCCUGCAUCCUUUGCACACCAGUGGGGGGAGGGGCUGCCGUGGGCUCUUCCCACAGAGUGGCAAGCAGGCAACAGGAGGAGGGGGCUUUCUGGCCUUCUUGGGGGCGGAAGCUGAAAACAAGCCAGCCCCAACUGGGUGCAUCGAGAGGCAAAGUCAUUCUGGUGAGAUUCUGCCCCUCACCCGCAAUGGGGGGGGGCACAGCAGCCCUGUGGCUUGGCCAAGGCCAGGACUUUUCAAUAAAACACUCGUGCUCAA